GUAGUCAAAAGCGUGCAUGGAUUUGAGCUCGAUGUACCCGCGGUGAGGCUCGUUCAUUAUCUAAAUAUGUACGUCAGUAACUGAUUCCGGUCCCCAAUGUCGUCGCACCUCGAAUCCAAGUACUGCAGGGAGAUCGCCGACGGCCUUGGCGAACACUUCCCAAGCUCGGAGAAAAUGAUCCUGCAGGAAUUGCUGGAUGCCCAGAAACACGUCCUGGAAAACACGAUCAAAUCAAGUCGCAUUGCAUCAAACGGCCAGAGACGCACGCCAUCGUCGCGGCCGCAAGUUUCUGGUAUCCAGUAGGCCAGAUACCACGCUCUUCUUCGACAUGUCCUCCGCCUUUCACACCCAGCAACCACGCUGCGCCAGCCUCUUCCAGCGCGUGCAGAUCGAAUCCAACACUCUCAAGCGUCCAAGCCGGUGCACCGGACCCUCCCGAGUAGCGCGACCAUACGUCCUGGUGCAUCGAUACGAAGGCAGACAUGCCGUAUUCAGGCAGGAGGGACAGCAACUCGCGCACAUAUUGCACGUAUUCCAUGUCGUAGAUGCCUCUACGAAAUUGGAGAUUUGAGGCAAUGAAUGGGACGCGACACGUACGGUCCAGCGUGCUCAAUAGCUUCCCAGGUGAAGAGAAAGCGGAC